AUGAGCUCCUACGAGAACAACAACUACGGCUCCAACAGUCGUGAUAACGACCGCUUUGGCAACGAGUCUUCCUAUGGCUCGUCGGAGCGAUCUAAUGAGUACGGUUCAUCCAACUCAUCUUAUGAUCGUGAGGGAGGUUCCCGCAACGAGAGGGGCGGUGAUAGUAGCUACGGAAACACGUCCUCUGGCUCUUACGACGGAGGUUCCCAAAGAGAAAACAACCAGUCAAGUUACGGCGGCAACUCUCGUCGGGACAAUGAUGAUGGCUAUGGCAGCUCCCGCCGUGACAACGACAACAGCUAUGGCACCUCUUCUUCGGACUCGUAUGGUGGAAACUCUCGCAGCGGCAAUAACGACUCCAGCUACGGCAGCAGCCGUCGAGAUGACAAUGAGUAUGGCUCGUCGGGGCGCAGCGAGCGCUCUGAGGGUGGUGCUGGCAUGCUAGGCUCCAUGCUCGGUGGAAGCUCCAACAAACAGACAAGCGGCGAGCGCAAGAACGAGGACUUCACUGACAAGGUCAUCGACGGUGUCGCCAGCUAUGCCAAGAAGCAGUGGUAA